GUCCGGUCCUUUCUUAUUCUCCAAUGUCCGAUGUUGCUGUCGCUGUACCCAAAUUUUCCUCCUGCACAUGUCCUACUUGAGCCGCUUCUGAUAGAGACAUUAGAUUGAGGCUGCUGCCCGCAAUUGCUGUCACACCAAAAGCCCCUUGCAGACAGUCACCGUGGCCCCUUUAACCCCUGAGGCAAUCAACCAUUGAACCCCGAAAGCUUGUCGGAAUACCCUAGAUGGAUUCUCAUGGAGACUCCGAACCCAAAUUGACGGGUUGAAACAGCUUGAUGAUUUUAGGGUCUGUUCGGUUUCGAAUGGGACGGUCAUGCUGUUCAUCAAAAGUAUAUAGCUCGACGUUGCUGCCGCCGGGGACUUCAGAUGAUUCUAGUUCGGCACAAGCCUCGCUUUUCUCAACUUCAAGUCACUCCUUUUUGACCUUCUUCGCACUUUGUUGACCAACUCAGCAUCUGCACUUUGCCCACCAUGGCGCUUUCCAUUCUUUCCGCUACUCUUCUUCUCUCCAGUCUCGUCUCCGGUCAGGCGCCUGGCAAUCUUACCGAUGAACACCCCAAGAUCGAAACCUUCCGCUGUACCGUCAAAGAUGGUUGCCAGAAGAAGACCAACUACCUCGUCGUCGACUCGAGUCAGCAUCAGAUCAAGACGUCCAGCGGCGUGAGCUGCCUUACCGGCAACAGCCCGCCCAACUCCACUGCCUGUACCACUCCCGAGGAGUGUGCGACCAACUGCCAUAUCCAGGGUAUUUCUGACUACAGCACCAAGGGUGUCACUACCCACGGCACGGACAUUCGUCUGACCAUGUUCAAUGCCGACGAUCAAAAAGUGUCUCCCCGUAUCUACCUGCUGGAGGAGAACAAGCAGCGCUACGAGAUGAUUCAUCUCACGGGAUCUGAGUUCAGCUUCGACGUCGACAUGGUCAACCUGCCCUGCGGCAUGAACAGCGCGCUCUACCUGUCUGAGAUGCUUCCGGACGGUGGCAAGAACACCAGUUCCUUGAACAAACUCGGUCCCGCGUGGGGCACCGGCUACUGUGAUGCGCAGUGUUUCAAGACGUCCUUCAUCAACGGAGUUGGAAACUUUGAGCAAAAGGGCUCUUGCUGCAACGAGCUUGACAUCUGGGAGGCCAACUCCCGCGCAACUCACAUCGCCCCUCACCCUUGCAGCCAGCCCGGCCUCUACAAGUGCACUGGCGAGGAAUGCGAGAAGGCUGGCGUCUGCGAUAAGUCCGGCUGCGCCUGGAACGCCAACCGCGUGAACGUGACCGACUUCUACGGCCGAGGCAACAACUACAAGGUUGACACCACCCGCAAGUUCACCGUCGUCACCCAGUUUCCCGCCUCCAACGGCAAGCUUAAGGAGCUCCGCCGUAUGUACGUCCAGGACGGCAAGGUGAUCCAGAACAACGUCGUCAACAUCGAGGGACCCCCGAAGAUCAACUUCAUGAACGAUGAGUACUGCCAGGCCACUGGCGCCUCCGACUUCAUGCGGUUGGGUGCUAUGGAGGGCAUGGGCGGUGCUAUGUCGCGUGGUAUGGUUCUGGCUAUGAGCCUGUGGUGGGAUGACUCGACCUUUAUGGAGUGGCUUGAUCAGGGCAACAACGGCCCCUGCAACGCGACUGAGGGUAACCCCACGGUUAUCAAAUCGAUCGUGGCCAACCCUGAGGUGACGUUCAGCAACAUCCGCUUUGGAGAGUUGAACUCGACGAUGAACAUGAGGCUUUAGGCUACAAUAUUAAUUGAACAAUACUAGCCUGUGGCAUACUUG